AUGACUUUCCUUCUCCACUCUCUUCGUAUAACGUCUGCGCAGGUCGUGGAUGGCUGGCCAGCCAUGGGGGCGUCACGGAACUGGUCGAAUCCAUCGUAUCUUAAAAAGGUGGCGGGGAGGCGCACGGUUCCUGUUGAGUUGGGUGGAUCAUACACAGGAGAAGGCUGGAGGCAGGAGCUCAUGACCAUCGGUGAUUUCAUCGGUCGCUUCAUCGAAUCGCACUCACAGGAAGAGUCCCCUACUGACAAUAAAGGUUGUUCGGACACAGGGGACCAGGGAGAAGGCUCCUUUCCCGGCGGCGUCGCCAAAAAGACGUCAUUUGGAGAAAAAGGCAAGGAAAAGGCUUACCUAGCACAACAUCAGCUUUUCGAUCAGAUUCCUGCACUGAGGCGGGACAUCAUGACCCCGGACUACUGUGCUCUUCUUCUCGAAGACGAGGAAGACGACGGAGACGCGGAAAGCGUCGCCACAAACGCAUGGUUCGGCCCAGCAGGGACAGUAUCACCGCUUCAUAACGACCCGUUCCACAACCUCCUGGCACAAGUGGUCGGCACCAAACGGGCAAGUGUUUUGCUGGUGGACCGAAAAUUAUCGGCGGCAGUCUACCCCAGGCCAGGCCUGAUGAGCAACACCAGUGAGGUUGAUGCCGCGAACCCUGACUUAUCCAAGUAUCCUCGAUUCAAGGAGAUAAUGCCGCUGAUGGAAUGCGAGCUGAGGAAAGGGGAGGUGUUGUACAUCCCUCCGCUAUUUUGGCACCACAUCGAGUCGCUAGAGACAAGCUUCAGCGUUAGUUUUUGGUGGGGCAAGCGGCGUACGCUGUGAGGCACCCUCCGUCAAAGAUGAUCCCU